AUGCAAGCUGCUGCUUGGUUGGUAAAUACUAGUGAUUUAUAUAGGGAGCAAGGAAUAACAUUUGAUGCGGAUUGGAUAGCUAACUUUAAUCCUGUAAUAUCAAAUGAAGAUAACGAGAAUGAAAAUAAAACAUCGGUUGAUCAAACUAAUUCAGUUUCUUCAGACGAAGAGUGGAGUGAAGAAGAAGCAGAGAUACCUGCUGGUGUGACUGACAGUAUGUUAACGUCUCCAGAUUUUGUAGAUGAUGAUGAAAGGCAGCACAUAUACAAUGUUGCCCCUGCUGAGGAUGGUAGACCCAUCAGUCUAUUUAGAGAUCAGUUCUCAGAGGAAAUGGCUUAG